CAAACAUUUCCAGAAAGCCACGUUUUUUUUGACAAACAUUUCCAGAUCUCUCUCCGCCUGAUCUUCCAUGUCCGAAACUCAGCAACGAUUCCGCGGCGUCCGGCAACGCCGUAUGGGAUGGACCGCCGAAAUUCGCCACCCUCUUCUGAAGAACAAAAUAUGCAUAGGAACAUACAAAAAAGCAGAGGACGCGGCGAGGGCGUACGACGAAGCUGCGAGGCUGAUACACGGAGAAAAGGCGAAACAGAAUUUCCCUUACGAAGCCGCUAGUGAUGAUUCGGAAUCAUCUACGUCAGUGAAGUUCCUUUCUGCUAAACUGAUUGCUAAAAUUCAAAGGUGUCAAAAGGCAUCGGUCGAUCUCGCUAAAAGUCUCGCUGGUGCGUCCCGCGGCCUAAAGUAUCAAUCUCCGACGGCGGUUAGUAGCGGAGUUGGAGUUAUGGAGAAGAAGAACCAGCGAAGCGGCGGCGGCGGCGGCAUCGAUCCGCCGGAGAGUUCAGUGGGAUGUCAAGGUCACUGACUCGCAUGUGUGUGGACAAGAAUUGAUCAAGGCUUAGGCUCGUCUAUUGGAUGUUUAUCACUUUAUUGCAUAAAAAAACUGUUUAAACUCACUUUUAUACCAUGUUUGUGCAGACUUUUUUUUAUCACACACAAAAAGUCACAAAAUAUGUAAAUGUAAAUAAUUUUGUCCGUGAAUCAGAUUCACGGACAAAAAAAAUACCCUUCACAAACAUGAUGGGUACAACAAGAAGUUAAGCUAUUUUGUCUGUGUGUCAUGAGCGUUAAGCUAUUUUUAGUUGUGCCACUGUUACGUCAUUCACCCUUUUGGAUUUUUUUUCUUGCGUAGUAUCGACUAUUAAAAACGAC